AUGCCAGUUCUUGAUGAAGCAAAUUUCAGUAGAAGGAGGAAUGGUUCUACUUCUAUUCCUUCAACUUCAAUGGGAAGUAGUGUUCCUAAUGGAGUUAUUAAAACAAUUGCUGCUCCUUUAGUAGACUUGCUUGAUUUAGGAGGAGGAGAAGAACCUCCUCCACCAAAUACAAAUAGCAUGAUGACAGGUGAAAACUUUCUUCAAGAUCUUCUUGAUGUUGGAAUGUCCCCAUCUUCAUCACAACCAGAGAUUCAACAACACAAAUUACAUCUCUUGAUUCCCUAUCAGAAAAGUAUAUUUGCUGUUGGCAUGAUUUGCUGUGAAGAAGAAGGGCGUUUAAAGGAAAAACCAAUCAUUCUUCAAAGCAGAGUUGAGCAUUCUGGAGGUCAACAUGUGUGCCUUGACUUACAAAAACUGGACCAGUUUUCCUUUUUCCCAGGCCAUGUGGCAGGCAUUGAAGGACAUAAUCCAAGUGGGCACAAUUUAAUUGCAAAAAAUAUUGUUGAUUAUGUACCGUUAUCAGUCCCUGAUGAUGAAAAUAUUCCUCAAAAGAAGAGACAAGCUAUGGAUGAAAAUAACAAGCCUGCUGAUUUAUCUGAUAUAACAUCAGAUCUAUCAUUAGUGUGUAAAGCUUGUUCUUCAAUUUACUAA